AUGACAGACAGCCUUGUACCAAAUGUGCCAGAUCAAAAUCUCUAUGCGUAUUCCCAGAACCGAGACAGCGAGCUCGAGUUUUACAAAGAGCGAAACCAACUACCUGCAAGUCCGGAACAUUUCAGCGACAGCCUAAACCUAACACCUGAGUGGAUGACCCAAGGGUACUGGGCUGGUCCUGGAUUGGACGAAGGCUCGAGGUCGACUGGAAAUCAGAAUACCAGCAAGGAGGCCCUAGAAAUGUCGUGGGACGCAUCCACUACCAUAGACGCCGCGUGGAUCACCGACUUGGGGCUUAGCCCUGUUGUCCUCGAGAGUCUUCUAAGCAGGUUCCGCGGCAUGGCUUCCUACUUUCCAUUUGUACGCCUUCCAUACGACUGGACUGCGGCAUCAAUGGCUGAAGAUCGCCCCUUUUUAUUGCUUGCAGCUGUUGCUGCUGCUUCCUCGAAGUUCCAUUUUCAUUUUGUUCCAGGAAGUCAACAAACCUACCAGUACUUACAAAUCGCAAUCAGCAUGGUCAUUGACCUUCGCCUCGAUCAAGAGGUUGCCGACUUGCUUGAGCAGCAAACCGAGCUGAGUGAUACUAAUGUCCGGGAAGCAUGCCGUGCUUACCUAGGUUGCUAUUACAUGUCUAGCAUAAUAGCAAUGUCUUCAGGAAAGCCCAACAAUCUCCAAUUUCAUGAGGGCAUGCUUCGAUGCGCUAUGCUGCUGCAACAACAGCCAGAACUCGAGACAGACCUCCUGAUAUACCCAGUGACGAAAGUGCUGCAGUUUUCUGAGGAAGUCUGCGAGACUUACCGGUCAGAAGGCAUUAACGGGCCUCGGCUGCACAUCCACGCUGAACGAUUCAUGUCGCGGUUAGAGGAAUGGUGGUCGUCUCUGUCGACGGACCUUCGCAACACAGUACUUCUGAUCAACAGCUAUUAUGCCGUCAAAAUUCGGAUUCAAGAAAUGGGCGUGGUAUAUUGCUACGGGCGGAGAAGACCACCGUCUCCAAAAGCGCAGGAAGAUUCUACCAUGUUAUCUGCACCUCCAAUGGUCAUUAGCACCUUAGUCAAAUGCGUCAACUCUACAAAAGAAUAUCUCGAUCUGUUCCUGGCCAUUCCCGCUGCGGAGCAUGGUAUCUUGCCAUUUUCCGCGUGGUACCAGGUUAUUUUGACGGUUUUUGUCCUAUACCGUUUGUCCGUGGGACUUCCAGAAGUACCUGAGUGGAACAUAAAGAUUGCACAGCAAAUUGCCGAUUUACAAGAAUACUCUGAUACGCUGUUACAUCAACUACAGGCCAUUGAGCCAUCGCCAGACAGGGAAAUCCCCACCAAGAGCCUCUUUUCAAGGCUGCCUGAGAUCAUAAGAAGUGUGAAAAGUUCCUAUGUAUUGGCAAAAGAGAAUAUCGCACAGGUUCACGAUAGUCGCCUUGCUCAUCAUGAGCUUAAGGGUUUGAAUAAUACAGCCUCAGCUGUUCAAGGGCUGCACCGCUGCCCUGCAUUGCGGUACUCGAGCCGCCACAUCGUCCACCCUAUGGGCCAAAUCACAUCACAAAAUCCUAUCGCUAGGGAAGUUCAGAGGAUUGAAGACGAGACACUUUGGAGUGAUAUUUCUUUGAUUGAUGUAUUUUCUGGCUUGACAGAUUCAUUAUCUACGGAGCUUUGA